AUGAUUAGUCACAUGAAUCCGAAAGUCCAGUUACUCUUAUUAUUAAUCGUUGGUGUCUACGGGAAAGCUCAAUUAAAAAAAAAAGUAUGCAUAAUUGGCGGUGGAGUAUCCGGCUUAAUUUCAGUGAAACAAUUAUCAAGAAAUCUGAACAAUAUAGAAACUAUUGUAUUUGAACAAGCCAGUGACAUAGGUGGUCAAUGGAAAUAUACGGAUAGUACUGAUGUAGAUGAACAUGGUUUACCAGUGCAUAGCAGUGUGUACAAAAAUUUGCGAGCCAACGGCCCUAAGGUACUAAUGUCCUUUCCGGAUUAUCAAGAAUUCCACGGAGAAAAUCGCAGUUAUGUAAAACAUGAAACUGUUUUGGAAUACUUAAAAAAUUAUACUGCACAUUUCAAUCUCCGACAAUAUAUUAAGUUUGAUACUUUUGUGAAAAAAGUAAGUUACACGGAUGAUAAAAAAUGGCGUGUUGAAACGCAAGACUUAAAUCUCGAUAAAAGCGAGGACUACACUUGCGACGCUGUUGUGGUUUGCAAUGGACACUUUACCAGACCCUACUCGCCUAUCAUUCCUGGGCUUAGCAAUUUCACUGGACGUACUUUACACAGUCAUUUGUAUCGCAAACCAGAAGAAUUUACAAAUAAAACGAUAGUGAUCUUAGGGGCUUCGUACUCGGGCAUUGACAUUGGCAUUGAGUUAUCAAAUUUUGCCAAAACAGUUUACCUUAGCCACCGACAUAGCAGGAUAACGAGUGAGCUACCUGAAAACAUGAUCCAAAUACCAGGUGUUGUAGCAGUAAACGGCACUGAUCUUAUUCUUAACGAAGGUUCGCGGAUAAAAGCUGAUGCUUUUAUUAUUUGUACUGGCUACUUGUACGACUAUCCAUUCCUGGACGAAAGCACUGGCAUUACUGUAACAAAAGGCAAAUAUGUUCAUCCGCUCUACAAACAUUUCAUAAAUAUAAAUCAUCCAACAAUGGUGUUUGUCGGAUUACCGCAUCCCGGUUUUCCUUUUCUAGUACCUUACAUUCAGACGCAGUACUUCGUGUCCUUACUCCGCGGGAAAGCGAAACUGCCAGCUCGCGCGGAAAUGUUAAAAGAGUCGCAGCUUCCACCAGGAACUCCCGCAACCAAAGCACAUUUCAUGGAAGAGGAAGUGCUCGAUUACUACGAUGAUCUCGCAAAAGCCGCUGACAUUGAGCCUCUAUCUGAUUCAUUGAAAAGAGCAGCGUUGAUUUACGUCGAUGAUAAAAACAAAGAUGUGCUGCACUUCAAGGAAAAUGAACUCAUUAUUCGAGGUGACGGCCACGUUGCGCUUAUCAGACCUAGCAACGCUACGACAAAGAUCGACUAUGGAUACUGAAUCAUCUGCGGGAUAACGACGUUACCAAAUUUUCACGCUGACCGAGCGGAGCGUCGAGAGAUUCUCUCCUCUCUCGUGGCCACCAAGUGGUACGGUUUCCGGUGAGUUCUGCAGCCUCCGAGAUUUCAUUUCCCA